AUGAUUGGUUCCACCACUAGCAAACGUCAAAUUGAGUGGGCCAUAGAGACAAGGAGCGAAAAGCAGCAAAAAGUAAAGGCGUCUCAAGUCAUGGAACAGGUUGAAUACGAUAUCCUUUAUGCGGAAGGAAAUAAUAUUUCAGUCGGUACAACUAUCAAAAAGCCUCUCAACUUUUCCAUGAAAAUAGUGUCAGAACUGACUUGGUUGACCCUUCAAGCUCUUGUAAAAAACUAUGGUUCUCUGAUGAAGCUUGGACUCAAAUUAUAUCUCUGUCUUGAAUUAUUGUCAAUGUUGCCUGAUUUAACCAAUCGAUGGUUAAUUAUUUCCAAAAGCGAUCUUUCGAGAAUUGUAUGGCGUCCUAUAUUUGAACUACUAUUGCCACCAAACCAACAAAACCAACAAAACCUUAUAAUCGAAAUUGAAGACACAGUCGGUCUUAUGUCCCAAGAGCAUAAAUAA